AUCCCCGAGCCAGAUUAGCGAAGGCUACGGCGGUUCUCUUACCAUGGGGCUGUGCGAAGGCUUCGUCAAAGGUGGCUACUGGUUCGGUUGUAACAUUCUGUGGCAGGCAGCGGAGUCAGAGCGCCACUUAGGUUGGGACAAAUUUAGUGGCGGGAAACAAGGAAUAAUGCGCCUCGAGGACGCGCGAAUCAAACAUCAGCGGCGGAAGACGCCUCGAGAAUGUAUCCCGCGAAGCUGCCUUAUCCUUUCACUCCGCCGAUUCCCUCUGGCGUGGCGUGACAACGCAGCAGCCAGCGAGGCUCGCAAUUUGAAACCCCAAUCCCAGGGGAGCAGAGGGUCUCAGCUCAGGCUGAGGCUGAGAUUCGAGCCGAUCAGUUUCCGGUAGUUUCUCAUCGAGUCUGCGGCAAAGUGAAACGAAUUUCUGCCUUUAGAACACUAGCGGGACUUCCUUUGCAAUACCAGCAUGGAUUCAAAUGCGGAAACCACUCCUCGUGAAGUGGCGAAGAUCGACAACACCGCGUCAACGAGAACCAGCUCUCCGAGCAGGAUUAGAGGCAUAGGCAGAUUUGGCACGCCUAACACGGUGAUCUCUUACGGAUCGCAUGGCGUCGCCAAGUCAGCUUCCGACCCUGACUCUCUUCUUCCGGUUAGCAACAACAAGGCUAUCAGCGACACAUGCAGCAGUGAGCCUGUCAGUAGUAACUGCUGCAGCAGCGUGAGCGGUAUCGUGUCUCUGAAGAGCGUGAGGCCUCUGCUGGAGACUCUGGUUAAGCAGAAGGCGGAGUCAGCCGUAUUUUCCGCUGCAGCCGCCAGCAGAGGCAUUGGAAGAUUCGGCAAACCUGUCCACGUGGCGUCUUUUAGGUCACGCCGUGCCAACAGGCCCUUCUGCUUCAAGCCGCCUCAGUCUCACGUGCAUGCUGACAGCAAGGCGCCGUCCAACGACGACUGCUGCAACAGCGUUGUAUUUAAGAGCAUGAGACCGCUGCUGGCGAAUCUGGCGAAAGAGAAGGAGACGUCUUCCCAAGUCUUGUGUAUUGGCAAUCAGACUCUGAAAGCGAAGAAGGUGCAGCAGAGCAAUGCAUCGGUGGACGUGAAGAGGCGUGGAAUCGGCCGUUUCAGAAGGGAAGUUUCUGCUUGUCAGGCUGCUAAUGCGUCCCCUUCUCCGUGCACAUCACGUGCUGCGUUACCAGCGGUUGCAACUACAACGAAGGUGACUCAAGCGGGCGUGCCUCCUCCAGCGGCUGCAGUAGCAUUGGUAGCAGGUGCCAGUGCGUCAGUGUUGACCCCAGCUGCUGGGGCGGACCAUGUGGUGCACAAGGAAGAGGUGCCUGGCACCAACUCAAGCAGAACCUCUGGCAACAACCCUAGCAGCAACCCUGGCAACAGCAGCAGCAGCAGCAAGGAGCGUGUGCGUCUCCUAAGGAGUAUGCGGUCCAUGGUGCGGGAUCCGGUGAAGGAGAGAGCAGAGGUGAGGGAGAGGGAAGGAGAACCUGCCAAUCGUGUGGCUGACAGCCACCGAUCCACCAGGCGUCGUCUCAAGCAUGUCCUGAUGCAGCUGGCCUUGCAACGUGUGGAAGCCAGCCGUUCUUGUGAGGUGAAUCGCACGGAGGUCGGCUAAAGUGGAGGAGGGGGGGUUACUACCACAGCAUGGCAAGUGAUGGAGUUUUUCGUUUUCAGGCAAGCCUGGCAGCAACCACAGCAAAGGGUCAUCGCCUUGGGUUGAUUCUGUUGGCACUUCGGUGCCUUGGUAGUACAUAGUUCACUGGUGCUUGACCGGUUGCAAAGCCCAAGAUGAGCAUGGUUGGUGUGCCUCCUCGUCCCAAGUGUGUAAUGUACAUAUUGUACGACAUGUAAAAGCUGUUGCAUCAG